AUCGAGCCGUAUUUUUUGACGCUAGCUCCCCGCAUCCGGCGAUAUCGAUCGCCGCGCGCUGCUCAGAAGACACCAGCCAGUCGGCGCUGCGCUGCAGCCAGCCGCCGCGACCCGACGCCCCGCGCCGGCCGAGAAAAGCUGCCGCGGCGCCAAGCUCUCUGAGCGCACAAACGCCGCCGCCGCGCCCUCCAUAGACCAUGAGCGGCCGCAAGUCCUCGACAGGAUCGAUGAAGCAGACGACGCUCGCGAGCUUCUUCAAGAAGCCCUCCACGAAAGCGCCCGAAGAACCCGCAAAACAAAAGGGCCCCGGCGCGGAAGUUGUGGGACGACGCCUCAAGGUCUGGUGGCCCGCCGACGAGGCCUGGUAUUCGGGGGGCGUCGCCUCCUACGACGGCGAGCGCCACGCGAUCCAGUACGACGACGGCGACGAGGAGGCCGUCGAUUUGUCGAAAGAAAAAUUCGAGUUCCUCGAAGGGACACAUUCACCGAAGGAAGUGAAGCGAGAGACGAAGCGCCCGGCGCCGUCGGCGGGCCUGACGGCCGAACAACGCGCUGAUAGAGAGCGCAAGCGCCGGAAGGCGUCCAGUGAUGAUGACGACGACUUCGUCGUUGAUGAUGAUGCUUCUAUUUCCGAGGAGGAGGAAGAAGAGGACGAGGUCUUCGACGAGAGCGACGAUGAGGACAAACCGAAGCCGAAGAAACGGCGCGUCAUCGCCGAUGAUAGUGACGAGGAGAUGCCUGCGGCCAAAUCAUCGCCGUCCUCCGUCCCCGUGUCCUCGGACAAAAAAGAAACGCGGCCGGGCACGCCGACGCCCUUCGACGCCCGGGGCUUCCACGAUAGAUAUCGCAAGCGAUCGGCACCGGUCUCCGCCGACAAGCGCGAGUCGUACGAUCUCGUGGAGUUAACUGAUCAGAAAGUAGACUCUCAUGACAGCGAGAAGAAGUCCGUCUUGCCGGCGGGCUGCCACACGCACGACGUCGAUCCGAAAUAUGCCUUUCUGACGACUGCGCGGCGAGACGCGGACGGCCGGACGCCCGACGACCCUUCGUUUAAUGCCCGCACGCUAAAGGUGGACUGGCACAAGGAACCCAUCGCAAAAUUGACGGGCACGCAGCAGACCUGGUGGCAGGUCAAGGAGACGCACGCGGACUGCGUGCUCUUUUAUAAAAUAGGGAAAUUCUACGAGCUCUACCAUACCGAUGCUGAUGUGGGAGUGGCCGAGGCGGGAUUGGUCUACAUGAAGGGCGACCAGGCGCACGCCGGGUUUCCGGAGUUGGCCUAUGGGAAAUACGUGCGUGACCCGGUGUGAUUUAAGACCACGUCGCCUCGACGCCGUCGACGCGAGACGGUGUCGGUCAACACAGGUCGAAGCCUUGGUCUCCAAGGGCUUCAAAGUCUGCCGCGUCGAGCAGACGGAGACCCCCGAUCAAGUUAAAAAACGUAUUGCGGGAAGAAGAGGCCUGUCCAAAAUAGAAAAGGGCAUGCGCCGGGAAGUCUGUUCGCUGACGACGCCCGGCACUCGAUUGUACACGGUCCUGGACAUGCGGCUGGAGAAGGAGGGCGGCGGCUUCGAGCCCGUGAGCGGUCCUACCCACUUAGCUGCGGUGUGUGAGAAGGGUUCUACCGUUGGAGUGUGUGUGUGCGAUAGUCCGACUGGAACCUUCACGCUGGCUCAAUUCGAGGACGACGUGCAGCGCACUAGAUUGCGGACAUUACUAGCAGCUUUACCGCCCGCCGAGGUGCUGGUACCCAGAGGGUCUCGCGAUUUAGCUGAGAUUUGUGAGCGCGCGACGGGCGCAUCCGUCGAACUGCUCACACCUCAAUCAGAGUUCUUAGAUGCGGAUUCCUGCAUCGAGUAUCUCUCAAUCUGCGGCGCCUUCCCGAAAGCCUCGAAGCAGGGCAAUGACAACGAUGUCAGUGCGAGGUGGCCUCCUGUACUGCGCACAGCAGUUCGUGGCCGAGCGGACUCCGCUUUGUCGUCAUUGGGCGCCGUGGCCUGGUGGCUGCGACGGGCCUUGGUGGACGUGGAGUUACUCAGCAUGCGCCGCGUCGACGCGUACGUGCCUCCUGAUCUCGGGGAAGCGCCUGAAUCAACUACUGCAUUCGUGCCGCACGAUGAGGCCCAGCUACUCGAAGCAGCCCUCGCCAUCUCCAGUACAGAUGACGACGACGACUGGCGCGCAGCACUGAGGAGGAAGGCGCCGCGCAUGGCCUUGGAUGCUACCACACUUAAAAACCUCGAGGUGCUGAGGUCGAGCGCGCCGGACGGCUGGAGUGGGAGUCUGUGGCACCUGACGCACCACUGUCGCACGGCCUUUGGCGGUCGCUUGCUCAGGGACUGGCUCUCUCGUCCCCUGUUAGAUAAGAGAGAUAUUGAUGCGAGGGCCGACGCGGUCCAGGAGCUCGUGGAGUCGCCUGAUCUCUAUGAAGGGUUGGCGAAGGCGCUGAAGCAGAAGGGCAUCGGCGAUCUGGAACGAGCCCUCCAGCAAUUGCACACUUUAGGGGCUGAUAGACGUGCGCCGUCCUCUGAUGGCCAGCAGCAUCCGGACGCGCGCGCGAUCCUCUUCGACAAGCUCAAGUUCGACGCGCGGCGCGUCAAGCAGCUGUGUAGUGCCAUCGCUGGAUUAGAGCGAUGUGCUACCAUCAUGUCUUCCUUGACAACGAAGGAGCCUUCUUCUCAGCUACUGAAGCGCCUCGCGCCGGGAUCUCCACAAAAGAGUGGUGGCGGCUGCUUCCCGUCACUAGAGGAUAAACUGAGACUCUUCCGCCAGUUCAACCUCGACCACGCGGCGAAGGAGGGUACUCUCAAGUCUUCUAGAGGUGCCGACCCGGCCGCCGACGCCGCCGAAGACCUCGUCAAAGCUCGUGAGAAAGAUUUAGAUGACUGGCUCAAAGAAGCACAGCGUGAACAUGGCUGCAGUCUGAAAUGGAAGCAUUCCGCCAAAGACAGGUACUGCGUCGAGGCGGCGGACGUCCUCUUCGGGCGCGGCGGGAAAUUGGAGAGACUCCCGGCGGGCUGGCAGCAGCGGUCCAAGACGAAGAAAGCUAGAUCCUUUGCGGUGCCUGCCCUCAAGUCACUCAUACAAGCGUUAGAAGAUGCGGAAAGUUCCGAGAAAGAUUUGAAGGCGGACCAGAUGCGCCGUUUGUAUCAGCGUAGAAAUGAUGGCGUCGUCAUGAGACCGCGUCGCCGCGACGCCGUCUUCAUGAUCAUCAGAGAGUCUGACGGCGUCGGUCCGCGCAGGCCUCUUCAAGCAGUUCGACGAGUCGCGGGAUCGCUGGGCCUGUGCCGUGAAGUGCGUGGCGACGCUGGACGCGUUGCUAUCGUUGGCGAAAGCCUCCAGGGAGCCGGGGUACUGUCGGGCGGAGUUGCUCGAGGGUGAUGGCAGUACCCUGAAAAUUGAGGAGGGGUCGCACCCUUGCUUGGCGGGUGAUGUGGUCCCCAAUGAUUUGACAAUUGGAGGUACAAAGCCUCACUUACUACUGCUGAGCGGGCCGAACAUGGGCGGCAAGUCGACGCUGUUAAGGCAGGCGUGCGUCGCGGCGAUAUUAGCGCAGGUCGGCUGCUUUGUGAAAGCGAAGUCUUGUACCUUGCAUCCCGUGGAUCGGGUCUUUACGCGCUUAGGCGCGUCCGAUAAAAUCCUGGAGGGCCAGAGUACGUUCAUGGUCGAAUUACUAGAAACGGCCUCGAUCCUGAAAAACGCGACGGAGAAAUCCUUGGUCAUCUUGGAUGAAUUAGGAAGAGGCACGGCGACGUUCGACGGGGCGGCCAUCGCUCACUCAGUAGUGGACCACCUCGUGAAGCAGGCGAAGUGCCGAGCUUUAUUUGCGACGCAUUACCACGACCUCGUGCGGUCCUGGUCCUCGCACGACAGCGUGCAGCUGGGCCACAUGGAUUGUCUGGUUAGAGAUGGGGGAGAAAACGUCGUCUUCCUCUACAAGCUCGCCGAGGGCUGCUCGCCCAAGAGCUUCGGCAUCAACGUCGCGCGGCUCGCGCGGCUGCCGAAACGCGUUCUGGAAAGAGCGGCGGAGAAGUCCGCCGAGUUCGAGGACGCGCUGAUGGCCUAAGUUCCUACAUCCUACGAUGGGGUAGAUGGGGCGCGUCUGGGUACCAAACGCUGAUUGCCCGUGGCGGCGUCGUAGAGCGCGAUCUUGUAGUUGUGGCCGACCAAGGCAAGGAGAGACCCGUCGGGGGAGAACUCAGUCUUGCGGAUUGCGACGCCGAGGUCGAAGAGGUCCAGGUCGCGCUGGACAAGCUGCCCCUCAUUCGUGGUGUAGCAAAGUGCUACCCGCUCGUAGAUCGCUCUUUGCGGAAUCUCGUCGAGUGUGCCUUUCGUAGGAAGGGAGCCGGCGUUUCCACUAGCGUGCGCUUGGCAACCAGGCGGCGCGUGCCAGGGUCACGAUUAACAGCGGCGGGCCGCGCCGCACGUCCUCCCAGCCCUUGGCGACGCACGCGGCCCGCGCCUCGCUCGCGUGGUCGUCGAAGGCGAAGACUCGCGCGACGAGGUACUUGUUGAGCACGACGCCGCCUCUUGAACGGAUAAGCGCCAUCCAGUGCUUUCAAUUUUCCAAAUUAUUGAGCCACACAGCGCAACUGCCGAGAGCUCGCG